GUGGCUGUUUGGGUCCUUUUCGUUGCACGAGGACACUCAUGCUUCUGUGGCCGUCUUCUGCCUAGUUUUGAUUGCUAAAUCGGAUAUAAAACUAGAUCCGUGAUGGACACUAAUAACAGUACAACCCCAGCCGCUAGCGCUGCCAUGGAGAGUAAAGAUGACACAGAUUCUUUCACAAAGGUAAAGUCUAAAAAGACUCAGAAACGAAAACGUGAACAAGAUGGAAUGGGCAUGGACACAGACGAGGCCGUGGCAAGCAAGCGACCGCAGUUUCCACCAAUUUCAGGCGACAAAUUAAAGGGACCAGAUGAGAUGCGCAAAAUUGCUGUCCCAGCUCACAGAUACACCCCGCUGAAGGAAAACUGGCUGAAGAUUUUCACCCCCAUUGUAGAAAACCUACAGCUUCAAGUUAGAUUCAACCUUAAAACUAGGAAUGUUGAAAUCAAAACAUGCAAAGACACACAGGACAUUGGCUCGCUCACAAAAGCAACUGAUUUUGUCAGAGCAUUUGUUCUAGGAUUCCAGGUUGAAGAUGCCCUAGCUCUCAUCAGAUUAGAUGAGCUUUUCCUAGAAACCUUUGAUGUCACAGACGUGAAACCUCUGAAGGGAGACCAUUUAUCCAGAGCCAUAGGAAGAAUAGCAGGGAAGGGAGGAAAAACCAAAUUCACCAUUGAAAAUGUCACAAAGACUCGCAUUGUGCUUGCAGACACAAAAGUUCACAUAUUAGGGUCUUUCCAGAAUAUCAAGAUGGCCCGGACAGCGAUAUGUAACUUAAUCUUAGGAAGUCCACCUUCAAAGGUCUACGGCAACAUCAGGGUGGUGGCUAGCCGGACUGCGGAGAGAUUCUGAAGUCUUAUCGGCUGCUGUGUGUAUUUAUUCUUACCCCCAUCGGCUGGUGAACUUCCCACUUUGAUCUGUGUUGAUGGAUUAAGACCAAGACUGUGUUUUGGACUGACACCUCAUUGUUAUGGCCUCAUGUUUUAAGCUGUCACCUGGUUUCAUGGUAACACAGUUUUGGAUCAGUUGACCCAAAAUAUGAGGAAAAUCAUGAUAAAUGCAUAAACAGUGUGCAAUUAUCUGUAAACAUGAGUUUGUGUAAAUAAAUAAUUUCAAUCCCCAUUAA